AUGCUUCUUGUCAAUGAUCUGCAGCUCACUGAAUGUUAUGCUGACUUCUUCAGAGAAGACUUUGAUGUGAAAGCUUACACUUCCCAGUCCAUCCAUCAGGCUGUGAUAGCUGAGCAGCUGGCUAAACUUGCUCAAGGUAUUAGUCAGUUGGAUAAAGAGCUGCAUGUCCAAGUUGUUGCAAGACAUGAAGAUCUGUUAGCCCAAGCAACUGGAAUUGAAUCCCUGGAAGGUGUCCUCCAAAUGAUGCAAACUAGAAUUGGUGCUCUGCAAAGCACUGUUGAUAGAAUUAGAGCCAAAAUUGUUGACCCCUACAACAAAAUAGUGUCUCGCACAGCUCAGCUAGCAAAACUUCAAGCUGCCUGUGACUUGCUGCGGAGGAUAAUACGCAUCUUGUAUCUCAGUAAGAGACUUCAAGGACAACUGCAAGGAGGAAGCAGAGAGAUAACAAAAGCUGCCCAGAGUCUCAAUGAACUUGAUUAUCUUUCUCAAGGGAUAGAUCUGUCUGGAAUAGAAGUAAUUGAAAAUGACCUGCUUUUUAUUGCAAGAGCUCGUCUUGAGGUGGAAAACCAGGCUAAAAGGUUGCUUGAGCAAGGUGUGGAGACUCAGAAUCCUACCCAGGUGGGAACUGCUCUUCAGGUUUUCCAUAAUCUUGGGACUUUGAAGGUUACCAUUGCUAAUGUGGUGGAUGGAUACUGCACAGCACUGGAAGAGAACAUAAAAAAUGCUUUGGAUAUCAAAGUGUUGACCCAGCCAUCUCAAACAGUCACAAGAGGUGGCCCUGGUAGAGCUGCUAUGCCAACACCUGGGAACACAGCAGCUUUUCGAGCAGCCCUCUGGACAAACAUGGAGAAACUCAUGGAUCAGAUCUGUGCUGCUUGUGGACAGGUGCAGCAUUUGCAGAAAGUAUUGGCGAAGAAAAGAGAUCCUGUGUCACAUGUCUGCUUCAUAGAGGAGAUAGUUAAGGAUGGCCAGUCUGAUAUCUUGUACAAAUUUUGGACUGCAGUAACCCAGACACUUGCCUCUCAGUUUCAGUCAGCAACAGACUCCUCUACGUUUUUGAAACAAGCAUUUGAAGGAGAAUACCCUAAAUUACUGAGGCUUUAUAAUGACUUGUGGAAGCGCCUCCAACAAUAUAGUCAAAAUAUUCAGAGGAGUUUUAACACAAGUGGAACUACUGAUCUUUUUGCUGAACUUCAGCAAAUGGAAGAAGAUGCACAGGACAUAUUCAUGCAAAAAAAUGAAGAUUACGAUCCAGAAAAGGCCUUGAAAGAUUCACUGCAACAGUAUGAAGCUGCCUAUCUGUCAAAAUCCUUAUCUCGACUGUUUGACCCCAUCAAUCUUGUCUUUCCUCCUGGAGGUCGGAAUCCUCCCUCUUCAGAUGAGCUUGACAGCAUCAUUAAAACUAUAGCCAGUGAGUUAAAUGUGGCUGCUGUUGAUCCAGAACUGAGUUUAGCUGUGGCCAAAAAUGUGGCAAAGACCAUUCAGCUUUACGGUGUGAAGUCAGAGCAGCUUCUAUCUACUCAAGGAGACGCCAGCCAGGUGAUUGGGCCACUGACAGAGGGCCAGAGGAGGAACGUGGCUGUGGUUAAUUCUCUGUACAAACUGCACCAGGCAGUUCUGAAGGUUAUUACCAGUCAGAGCUCAUUUCCAGCAGCUGCUGAGCAAACAGUCACAACCGCCUUAAAGGCAGUCCAUGAUCUAAUGGGUAGUGCUGUUCAGCCGCUACUGAACUCUGUAGGAGAUUCAGUGGAAGCUAUUAUCAUCACCAUGCACCAGGAAGAUUUUUCUGGAUCAUUAUCCGGCUCAGGAAAACCAGAUGUCCCUUGUUCUCUCUACAUGAAAGAGCUUCAGGGAUUUAUAGCAAGAGUCAUGAGUGACUACUUCAGACAUUUUGAGUGUUUUGACUUUGUCUUUGAUAACACUGAAGCCAUGGCUCAGAGAGCCAUUGAACUUUUCCUUCGCCAUGCCAGUCUAAUAAGGCCCCUCGGUGAAGGUGGGAAGAUGCGCCUGGCAGCGGAUUUUGCACAGAUGGAGUUAGCAGUAGCACCGCUGUGCCGGCGAGUCUCUGACUUAGGAAAAUCCUACAGACAGCUGAGGUCAUUCAGACCACUGCUGUUCCAGACCAGUGAGCAUAUUGCCAGUAGCCCAGCUCUGGGAGAGGUUAUUCCAUUCAGCAUUAUUCUUCAGUUCUUAUUCACAAGAGCACCACCAGAGCUAAAAUCACCCUUUCAGAGAGCUGAGUGGUCCAUUGCCCGCUACUCCCAGUGGCUCGAUGAUCAUCCAUCUGAGAAAGACAGGCUUGCUCUCAUACGUGGUGCACUGGAAGCUUAUGUUCAGUCAGUGAGAACAAGAGAGGGAAAGGAGUUUGCACCAGUCUAUCCCAUAAUGGUUCAGCUGCUGCAGAAAGCCAUGUCAACCCUUCAGUGAAGACACCUGGACAAUGCUCUCACACCAGGGAAUGGACGGUAACACAGCUGGGGGCUUUGGUGCCACAAACAUACUCGCUGUUCAUGUAAAUUAUCCCCAAGUACAUCAGCUUUACAAUGAAACGUUUACCUGCUUCAUGAUUGAGACUUCUGUCUUCUUGCUUUAUGUUCAUGUUCCAGGAACUUACUAAUACAGAAAUAUUGUAAGGAAAUUGUACAACUUUUCUGUGCUGUAAGUCUACAUCUAAUUGAAACAUUCUUAAGCAUUCCUUUUGAAUUUAGAAAAGUAUAAAAUUAGAACUCAAAUAUUACAGUGUAAUUGCUGAAUAUCUCAAAUAAGGAGGCAGCUUUUUUCCUAAAGUAGAGUUUUAAACAGUUGAAUGCAUUUUAGCUGUAUUCAGAAAAUUGUACUUUUGAAACGUCUGAAUCAUCAGUUUCCAUCUAAAAAUCACUAAUUUUAACACAAGGAAAAAUAUUUAUAACUAACCUAAAUGCUUCUCUAUUGCACUGCUCUUUGCUUAGAAAUAAUUUAUAUUGAUUUCAAGUCUUUUUGCCUAAACUGUAAUAAAGAACAUUAACUAUCCAAUCUGGAAAAUAGUAUUUGAAAUUCUUCACUAGCUUCCUAAUGGCA